CUGUCUGCUGCAGAUUGUCACUUGGAUAGAAAGUUUUUCUUUAAAUAUUGACCAAAAAGGGAAAUAUUUACUGGAAGAGAUUUUUGAACAUUUGCAGAGAGAUGGGUCUUGCAUAUAUGCUACUCUGCGCAGCUGCCCUCAUGUUCUCUGGAGUUUCGGGGAAGAAUGAGAUGAACCGGGCACCCAGGUGGACCCGUCAGAAYGUGCCAAUGCUGACGGUCACUAACACGGCCUUCCUAAAUUCAACUUUGUUUGGAGGGAAGGAGGAGAACGAAGUGGACGGAGAAACAAAAAUGCUCUGUGGGAUAGAGUGUCAGAGCGCUUCACCAUCGAUCAACUGGGACGAGCAGGAAAAGAUUCUGGGAUACGAGACGAUGUAUGAAAACGGCACGCGCACACAUACAGAUAUCAGUUUGCGGAGGUGGGACAAAACCUCUGCAGGAGCUGAAGUAAGCUCACUUCCUAUCCGCAGAAAACGUCAGGUUUAUGGAGCAGAUGGACGCUUUGUGAUCUCAGAUUCAAACUUCAUCACCAACUACCCAUUCGCUACUGCAGUCCGACUUUCCACGGGUUGUUCCGGAGUCCUAGUAUCUCCAAAACACGUGCUGACAGCAGCGCAUUGUGUCCACGACGGCAGGGACUACUUAGAGAGUGCUAGGAGGCUUAAAGUUGGACUGCUGCAGCUGAAAACUAACAAAAGRCGGUUGAGAAGAAAGAGAAGAGGGAGACAACGGGGUGGUAGCAAGCAAGAGGGUACGAGAGUUAAGAGGAAAGGAGAGGAGGAAGGUGAGGGGAGAAACAGUGUAGGAGGACUGAGGAAGAAGAGGGGGAGUGAAAAGAGAAGAAACAAACUGAGAGUGGGUGUAGGAGAGGCUAAAAAUGGAAAUAGGUUUGAGAGAAGAGACGUACGGGAGCAGAACAGUCUCAGUCGGACACAGCGCAGUGUUGAACCGAGAAAGGAACCCAUCUUCCGUUGGACUCAAGUCAAGCAAACCCAAAUCCCUCAAGGGUGGAUCCACAGCAGCAGCUCCACAGACUCUGUUUCUCUCGACUAUGACUACGCCCUCCUGGAACUGAAACGACCCGUCAAGCAAAAGCACAUGGAGCUCGGCGUGGCGCCGACUUCACCGCUGGUGCGAAUCCACUUCUCAGGCUACGACGUCGACAAAAGGCUGCCSGACGGCCAAGCAGACGAGAAGGUGAUUUACCGUUUUUGCUCCGUCGUGAAGGAGUCCGACGAKCUGAUGUAUCAGCACUGUGACGCGCAGCGUGGAGCAACAGGCGCAGGUGUUUAUGUUCGCCAGAGACAAGACGCGGGACACGAGGGCGGGAAAGGGAAGUGGAAGAGGAAGGUGAUUGGAGUGUUUGCAGGCCAUCAGUGGGUGCAGCUGGAGGGGGGUGAACAGAGGGAUUUUAACGUUGCAGUAAGGAUCACACCUUCCAAAUAUGCUCAGAUUUGCCACUGGAUUCAUGGAGAUCCAAGUUUUUGUAAAGAGGUUUAACCUUAGAGGGACAAAUAUCUUUUGUGUGGUUUCUGAAGUAUUAGAAGAUCAGAGAUUGAAGGUUUGAACCUUAAAUAGAGCAUCUCGCCAAAACUGAUGAAAUGUAAUUUCUGAGGUCAGAUGGCUCAGCAWGUGUUGUAAAAAAAAUCACCUUCCUUCAUCUGUCCUUAAACACUGAAAUAACCCAAUACUGUCUCCAACAACUUGUCCAAACCAACUAUUGUACUUUGUACAGCAUGAAAAGAGCUUUUCAAAAAUGUGUUUUUUUCAUAAUGUUCCUUUGCUGUUACAGUUUUUACCAGUUUCCCUGUACAAUAAAGUAUAUCACAYACUGUUA